GAAAAAAGUGUCCAUCUGAAACAAACCCCAACUACAAAAACCCAUCACCCCUCCUUCUCCACCACCUCCUCUUGGUUUCACAACAAAACUCUCUAUCACUACUCAAAAACACUUUCCGAAAAGAAUACAUUUGUUUUCCCUAACAUGGCUAGACCACAACAACGUUACCGAGGCGUCCGACAAAGGCAUUGGGGCUCUUGGGUCUCCGAAAUUCGCCACCCCAUAUUAAAAACUAGAAUAUGGCUUGGUACUUUUGAAACUGCAGAGGAUGCAGCUAGAGCAUACGAUGAAGCAGCAAGAUUAAUGUGUGGAACAAGGGCAAGAACAAAUUUCCCUUACAACCCCAAUGUGUCACAAUCAUCAUCUUCUAAGCUUCUCUCAGCAACUUUAACUGCUAAACUGCAUAGAUGCUACAUGGCUUCAUUGCAAAUCACUAGGCCAAUAUCUCUGCAACAGCCUCAGAAACAAUCUUCACAAAGUGUCAACAUAUCUACAAACAAUGCUCCCAUGAAAAGUAGCCAAGAAAUUGAUACUACUAUGAAACAUGAAGAGGAAAAAGAAUCAGAGGGAAAUUGGGUUUUCAAGAAAGUUAAAGUGGAAAAUUCUCAGCAAUUUAUUAAGCCUCUUGAAGAAGAUCACAUUGAACAAAUGAUAGAGGAAUUGCUUCAUUAUGGGUCUAUUGAGCUUUGUUCUGUUUUUCCAACACAGACAUGAAAGUGAAACACUUUUUUUCACGUCUUUGACUUUAAGCAUUUCACAUUCUUAUUAUGCUAAUUUAACUAAUUAAUAUUAUUAAUGCUUUAGGCAUUCAGCUAGUGUCCUCUUUUGGUCCUAGAUUUUUUUAUCUAAGUGACCCAUUGGACAAUGUUGUUAUUAUUUUAUGUACAUCCAAUUAUGUUGUCAUCAGUCUAUGAUAUUAUUAUUGUGCAUGUUUCUUGGCACUUUGUUCAAA